UCCAGAGACACAAGGACAUUUAAUGCUAGCUCACAGAAGUCAGUCAGUCAGUGAAGAGCACAAAGCCGUAUCAUGUCGUACCUCGGGAGCAUCCUCGCUUGCUUAUUGCUCCUUGUCUCGACUUGCCAGGCGAACACUGGCGGUCUGAGGGCCAGCACUGGCACUCAGGGGAAAGGCUUGCUAUCCAACGCGAUGGUGGGAUUGGCGGCGGUGGCUGGCUUCCUCUUCAUCGUCUUCAUCCUCCUCAUCGUGAAACGGAUCUUUUUCAAGAAAGAGAACAGGGAUGAGGAAGAGGAGCAUGCGCCAGAGCUUUGUGUAGUAUAUGAAAACAAAGCUCUCGAGAUGGAGUCACCGGAAGAGGCGAAAACCACCAACCUGUGAUUUUAGGAGAACGCACACAGGACUCAUUACACCGGCUUUGUGCAAGCACUGUAGAGUACAAUCUUGCUGCUCAUUCAGAAUCAUCAUCAUUUAAAAUCGAGCUAUUCUUUUAUGCAUAGUGACCUCCAGCGACUUCCAGUCCACGCAUACAGCCAAACGAUUGAAGAUUAGUGAUCUUAAUCAACGAUAACGCAGCAGUUUUGGGCAAAUGACCCCAAAUUGACCUUGUACAUUUUCUGUCACCCCAAGCCUUGACCACCGUACGUUAUUAUUUUAUUUUGGAUGCAUAAUUUUACGACGAUUGUAACAUUUGCACAUUUUGAUCAUCAGUCAAUGACAAACGUACACAGUUACGUAAUGCUGCAUAUUUCCGUGUUCGUUUUCACGCCACUCGACGUCGUGGCUGGACGCAGAAAUGUGCUCACUGGUGCAGCACGUCAGAAUAGUGCAAAAGUCUCGAAUAACACGUACACGCUUCGUUUAAAUGCUGGCUUGUUUAAGUGUGCAGUGUGAAUAGGAUAAUUCCUCCGAUUCAUUUGUAAAAUAAAUGAAUAAAACAAAA